CCCCCCCCGUCUCUCCAGCGAAAAGGAAAAUUGAGGCAAACUAAUGCCAGGCACGGAGUUUCCCAUUGGACAGCCUUAGGUCAGCUGGUCUCUGACUCCCCCCUCUGACUCCCCCCUAUGUUCCUCACCCAAUUCCUGUAACACACACACGGACUGUUUGCUACCGAGCCCCCAACCAACACUGCCCAGCACUGGCACCCAGCCACCCCGACUUCACCCUCCUCACCCCUCCUCCCAGUCUGCGAUAAAGUCCCUGAUAGCAGCAGCAGCAGCAGCCGCUCGGUCUGCGGCUAUAAAACACAACAAAUCAUAAAGUGCAGCAGGGAAGGCAGAGGAAGGAGGACGGGAGGAACCGUUAGCCUCGGUCCACUCCUCCUUCUUCUUCUUCAUCGCGUUAUCACUGUUGUUGUGUUUGUUAGUGCCCUCCUGUACUCCCCUCUCCUCUUCUUCUCCUCCUUCUUCUCCUUCCCACUUUUUUUUUUUUUUUUUUUUUUUUUACCAAUGAGUUCCUAUUUUGUAAACUCGUCGUUCCCGGUGAUACCGGGAACGACUGGAGGAGGCCAAGCGGCGUCGGCAGAGCCCUUCCUCGGUCAGAUCUCCCUGUAUUCAUCGGGAUACGCCGACCACCCCCUCCGACACUACCAGGGGGCGGCGGCGGUGACUGCGGCCGCGGCGGUGGCGUACAGUGCUCACCAGGAGAAGCCUUACCCAGCCUCCAACUUCUAUCAGCAGGCUGCGAACGGAGCGUACGGUGGGCACCGGGCGGCUGGCUUGGCGGUUGGAGGCGCUAACGGACCCGGUGCAUGCGACUACGCCACAGCGGCAGCCGCGGCUGCGACGGCGGCCACGAACUUCUACCGAGACAAGGACCAUCCGUGCGGUCUGGACGAACACCAGCUCGUCCUGAGUCAGGACGGCAUGCACCGCAAAGUGGAGUGCGCCGGUCUUGGAGGAAAGGGACUCUUUGGAGAAGCGAUGGAUGACAAACAAACGGUGCCAACUCCCAUUUAUCCGUGGAUGCAGCGGAUGAACGCGUGUAACGGGACCUUCGGCAGCCCGGGGAGACGCGGCCGGCAGACCUACACUCGCUACCAAACCCUGGAGCUGGAGAAGGAAUUCCACUUUAACCGGUACCUCACGCGGCGACGGCGCAUCGAAAUUGCGCACGCGCUCUGCCUCACGGAGCGCCAGAUUAAAAUCUGGUUCCAGAACCGGAGGAUGAAGUGGAAGAAGGAGAACAAGCUGAUUAACUCAUCGUCUUCCUCCUCUUCCACGGUAAACGGUACAGAGGAGGAAGAGAAACGGACGGAGUGAAAGCGAAGCGAUGACGAAGACAUUAAAAAAAGAGGAGAAGGAUGAAAGGAAAUCCAUGCUGGUUAUUCCAAAUCUGGUUGAUAGGUGUGGACGUGUCGUGAGCCCACUGCUUCUUUCAUUUCCGUGUAGGAGGAACUGAGAUGCUUUUCUCCUUCACUUCUCUCCAGGGUCCGGGUCUCCUAGAACUCACGGCAUUUAAUGAUUCUGGGAAAAAACAACGUAACUUUAACUCACCUCUAUUGACUUAUAUUUAAAAGUUUUUUUUAUUCCCAAAACAUUUGAAAGAGAAAAUGCAUUCUCCUAAACCAUAAAUGCUAAAUAUGCGGAGGAAUAAAACUUGAUAAAAGCAAUGAAAAAUUGAAAGAAAUAGACAUAAAAAACUACAUGCUAAGUGUGUAUGUAUAUGUAUAAAAAUUGGCCUGUUUUUAAUGGAAAUUCUGCAUAAUAAUAAAGUUUCAGGAUGUGUAGAUUUAUCCUGAAAGGCGCAGAGCAUAUGAAGGUUAUAAGACGCUCAGAAACUAGAGCUCAUUUACAGCAUUCCAACGUAACUACCUAAAUUCUUACUGAAGCUGUUUUGUUUGUAUGAUUUUUAAGUAUUUUUUUAAGCACUUGCUUUGAAGGAAACACUUCCUCGUUUUUUUGUUUCUUUCUUGUUUUUGUUAUAAUGAGUUGUAGGCCUAUCUUGUGUUCCACACAUACCAAACCAACAGGGGAGGAAAGGGGAGUGGGUUCGCUGUACAUAUUGUAGCUAAAAUACAGAUUUAGAUAAAGGGGAUGAAUCAUUUGUAAUGUGAAAAUAUGUUUCUGUUUUAAAGGGUCUUAAAUGUUGUUUUUAGCUCUGAUUUUCCCACUUAGAUCUAAAGAAAAGCGCGUUGAGGUGUUGACCUACUGAUGUUCUCCAAACUACCCAAACACCUUAAGAAGAGUGUACAUUUGAUGGAAUUUGUAGGUUUAUUUUAGUGGGGUUUUUUUGUUUUCUUUUUGUCCAGUACGUAUACUACCUAUGAGAAAUGUACAAUAAACUUUAAAGAAGUGUA